AAACUGUUCUUUUGGAAUUGUUGAUCUAAGCUCAAAUAAGUUACAUGGCCAAUUACCGUAUGUAUCACAAAAUGUGGUAUUCUUAGACCUCUCAAGCAACUGGUUUUCAGGAUCUAUUACUCACUUUUUGUGUCAUAAACAAGAGGAGAUGCAGUUAAGUUUUCUUAAUUUGGCAUCAAAUAAUUUAUCAGGUAAAGUACCUGAUUGCUGGGCGAGAUGGCCAUAUAUUGUGGGAGUGAACUUAGGAAACAACCAUUUCACUAGAAUUUUACAGACAUCCAUGUCAUCCUUGCCACUAUUGGAAAUGUUGAACCUUCGCAACAAUAGUUUUUCUGGAAAUUUACCGAGUUUUUUGAAGAAUGGAAGCAGCCUGGUUUCCUUGGAUCUGGGAGAGAAUCAAUUUUCAGGAAUGAUUCCAUCUUGGGUUGGACAAAGUUUAUCAAAUUUGAAGAUUCUUGUUUUGAGAUCAAACAAAUUUUCUGGUCCAAUUCCUCAUCAAAUUUGCAACAUGAGUGUCUUACAAAUCUUGGACCUCGCGCAUAACGAGUUGACAGGAUAUGUUCCAAAAUGUGUCAACCAUUUGAGUGCCAUGUUGGUAAUAAAUAAUAGUUUAGAGUCAUACAUUUAUUUUCCAGUAAGUGGUGGUCAAUUGUUAGUUGAACCAUUAUUACUGAAAGAAAGGGUUUAUGAUUACAGCUCCAACCUUGGUCUCAUUACUAGCAUCGACUUCUCAAAUAAUGAAUUAUCUGGAGAGAUACCAACAGAACUUACAGGACUUAAGAGACUUCAUUUUUUGAACCUUUCAAAUAAUCAUUUUAUUGGCCAAAUUCCUCAAAAUAUUGGCAAUAUGGAAUCACUAGAGACUAUGGAUUUCUCAAGAAACCAUCUUACAGGGACCCAAAUUCAAAGCUUUGAAGCAUCAAGUUUUGUUGGCAAUUACGACUUAUAUGGUCCUCCACUCAACAAUAGUUGUUCGUCAAACAGCUCUAGCAACAAAGAAGAAGUCCAUCAUGUGAAAGGAAUCAAUUGGUUCUUUGUGAGUAUGGCAUUUGGAUUUAUUGUGGGGUUCUGGGCAGUGGUGGGUCCUUUGCUCUAUAGUAGUUCAUGGAGGUAUGCUUAUUUCCAAUUCAUUGAUCGCAUGUGGUAUAAACUGCAAUACCGUUGCUAUUGGUGAAAGCAAAC